AUGUCGGAUGACAAGAGUCUCAACCAAGCUGGCAUUGAUGACAGCAAUGGCAAAACAACCACGUCCGAUACUCCCGAACACGUCGAAGAUGGCUUCUCCAACGCCCAAAUCAGCUAUGACAACAACGGAAUAGCCGGGAUCAUUCAAUCUCCCUAUGUUUUUGGCGCUGCCCUUCUCGCCUCCUUCGGUGGUUUCUCCUUUGGGUACGAUCAGGGGGUCAUCUCCAUUAUCCUCACGAUGCCUCAAUUCCAACAAACCUUCCCCGAAAUCGCCCCAGGCCACUCUCGAUACGGAUUCAACACUGGUUUUAUGACGGGGAUGUUGGAAUUCGGGGCAUUCGUUGGCUGUCUGUUCUUCCCUAUUCUUGCCGAUCGAUACUCCCGCAAACUGGGUCUUGCUGUAGCUACGGCAUUCUUCUGCGUCGGUGCUAUCAUCCAGACGGCUGCGAACAACUAUGGCACCCUUGUGGCUGGGCGUACUAUUGGUGGCGUUGGUGUUGGUACACUCGCCAUGGGAGCACCUUUGUAUAUCUCUGAGAUUGCACCUCCCAACCUGAGAGGCUCUCUCCUUGUACUCGAAGCCAUCUCGAUCGUCAUUGGGGCUAUCAUUGCCUAUUGGAUUACAUACGGCAGCCGUGAUAUCUCGGGCGACUGGGCUUUCAGAUUGCCUUUCCUUCUGCAGAUGGCCCCAGCACUCGCGGUUGGCAUCGGCAUUCAGUUCUUCCCUUUUUCUCCGAGAUGGCUGGCCAUGCGUCACCGCAACCAGGACGCCUUGGAUUCCCUGUCCAAGCUUCGUCGCCUCCCUGGAACUGAUGCUCGUAUUCAACAAGAAUGGAAGGGUAUUAUCCGUGAGGUUGAAAUACACGAACUCCUGCUGGAGCGUGAGCAUGGUGCCGGGACUAACCCUGUCUUGCUCGAGUUCCAGCAGUGGGGUGAUCUCUUCAAGCCCAAAUACAUUCGACGUACGACUGUUGCGCUUGCAAUUCCGUUCUUCCAACAGUUUUCUGGUAUCAACGCUUUUGUAUACUACGCACCCAUCUUCUUCGCUGCGCUCGGGCAGGAUUACGAAAUGUCUCUCAUCCUGAGCGGUAUGGUCAAUAUUUGUCAAUUUGUGGCGGGUAUUCCUACUUUUCUGUUCCUUGACAAGGUUGGCCGUCGCAAGCUUGCCAUCUUUGGAGGCAUCGCGAUGGGUAUCCCGCACAUCAUCAUGGCCGGCAUCGUCAACAAGUACAACAACAAGUGGGUCGACCACCCAGGUAUGGGCUGGUUUGGCGUAGCUCUCAUCUAUAUCUAUGUUCUUGCUUACGCUUCGUCUUAUGGACCUCUGGCGUGGACUCUGCCUGCAGAAGUUUUCCCCAGCUCCAAGCGAGCAAAGGGUGUCGGAGCUGCCACGGCCAUGGUGUGGCUUGCAAAUUUCAUCAUCGGCGUGGUCGUCCCCGAGAUGCAGAUCAAGCUUGGUUGGGGAACUUACCUUUUCUUUGGCUGCUUUUGUUUUGCGGCUUCUGUCUUCUCUUUCUUCCUCGUUCCCGAGACUGCGGGCAAGAGUCUGGAGCAGAUUGCGGGUGCUUUUGGCGAUAGACUCGAGGAUGAGGAAGGCGAGUUGGAAUCACGGGCUCACUAG